AUGACAAAUGAGGACAAUUCAAUGGAUUUUGUAAAUUCUAUAAGGGAUGAAGUCAAACGUAAAUACUCUAACUAUAAAGAUUUUAAUCCGACUUCCAAUGUAAAAAGUUCUAAAAAUGAAACAUCCUCCAAUGAAACAACUCCUAACAAUGAAACAUCCUCCAAUGUAACAACUUCUAAACAUGGAACAACUCCUAACAAUGAAAAAUCCUCCAAUAUAACAACUUCUAAACAUGGAACAACUCCUAACAAUGAAACAUCCUCCAAUGUAACAACUUCUAAACAUGGAACAACUCCUAACAAUGAAACAUCCUCCAAUGCAACAACUUUAAAGCAUGGAAUAUCAUCCGAUGUAGCAACAAUAUCCAACGAGAUAGAUUCAGACAAAAAGAAAGGCCAAUGCACCUUAUCUGUAAAAGAUAUCCUGAUAGAUAUUACCUAUUAUGGAGCAAUCACUAUUGGAAAACAAGAAUUCAAUGUUCUUUUAGAUACCGGGUCAUCAAAUCUCUGGAUUCCAAAUAAGGAUUGUACAUCCGCUAUUUGUCAAAAUCAUAAUAGAUUUGAUUCAA